GAGAGUAAGGGAAAUAACCGAAAAGUAUUAUCUAACGUAAACAAAACAGAAAGAAGAAAAACCAACUCGCAUGGACAACUGUUGCUAAUGCCUAUAUUUAGAAGCAGAAGUAUUAUCUGUCAUUAAAAUGGCACCUCCAACAAUAUUGGAAAGAUAUGUUGCCGCGAUGGUGUUGAGUGGCGUAGGCGACGCGAUGGGAUAUAAAAAUGGAAGUUGGGAGUUUUGUCAUUCGGGGAGCGCUAUUCACCAGGAAGCUAAAGAAUUGGGAGGAAUUGAAAAGUUGAAGAUUACAUUACCAAAAUGGAUGGUUAGCGAUGACACUGUUUUACAUUUGGCAACUGCAGAAGCUUACAUGGAAACCAAAGACACAAAAGACAAAGAAACUUUAUAUAAGCAUAUUGCAGAAAAAUAUAAAAAUGGUAUGCGCGACAUGAGUGGAAGGGCACCUGGUCCAACAACAAUGGAUUCUUGUCAUAUGCUGAAACCUUCAAGAGAAAAGGGCUAUGAAAUUCCAUUCAAUCCGCGAGGUGGUGGCUGUGGCGCUGCUAUGCGGGCAAUGUGUAUUGGUCUUGUAUAUCCGAAAUCUGAAAAUCUAUCCGAUUUGAUCGCCGAUGGAAUAGAAUCCGGACGUAUGACUCAUCACCACCCAACGGGAUUUUUAGGAAGUUUAGCUGCCGCUUUGUUUACAUCUUACGCCAUACAGAACAAGCCAGUAGAACAGUGGGGUGCGGGUUUGAUGGACACUCUACCCGCUGCCCGUAAGUAUAUACAGGACAGGGGUCAUGCGGUUAAUGAGAAUUUAAAAGAAUGGGGAUAUUUCGAAAAUGCAUGGAAAAAUUAUUUAGAAACACGAAACAUUACAUCUGGGAAUACUCAUCCGAAAUUCCCAUCAGAUUAUGGAAUCGAAGCACGUGAUAAAUUUUACAAGUCUGUAAGUUUUUCCGGUUGGGGUGGGGCUAGUGGACAUGAUGCUCCAAUGAUUGCAUAUGAUGCUAUACUCGGCUCGGGAGAUAGUUGGAUUGAGAUAUGUAAAAGGGGUAUUUUACAUUCUGGAGAUAAUGACAGCACAGGAGUUAUGGCAGGUUGUUGGUUUGGAGCAAUGUAUGGACUUUUGGGAGUUCCCGAUAAUCAUCAUAAAAAACUUGAAUACCGAAAACGUCUUGAAAAGGCCGGAGAAAAGCUUUACAAAUUGGCACAUACAGGAAAAGAAAAACAAUCAUCGAUAGUUUCUUGUCAAACAGAGGGUAAUGACGAAACUGAGGCUUGUAGUGAUUCAAGUAAGAAAAGUCCUUUAUCUGCGCAUGAUCAAGGAAUUUCUGAGGAAUCAAGCCAGACAAAUGAGGUAAAAAGCACAAUAACGAAUAUUGUAGAAGGCGGAACAUCUGAAUCUAAAGACAGUGAACAAGUUGACAAAGCAGACCCAGUGGAAGUUAGUGUAGACAGGUCAAAACAAACAACCAACCAAGAUACAGAUACGAAAGUAACAGAAAAAGUGCAAACCAAUGUUUGACGCACUGUCUGGAAUUUUUCAACAAAUUGUUUUUGUAUUUAACAAAAUAAACUAUAUGCAUACGUAGCAUUAGAGUAUACUCUUGCACAGGUGGAAUAUAGGUAAUAUCAGUAGUUUGCUAAAAAAAUGACUUAGAUAUAAACUGAUUAAGUUUUAAAAAGCACUAAUCUUAGUAUCGUUUGUUUUAUCAAUCAUUUGUAGAAGCUGUAUUUUUUAACUGAAUAUAAAAUGUAAUGAAAUACAAUAAAACUGUAACCAAC